AUGGGUUUCCUGACUUUCUUACAAAGACGGUCAAAUGACAAGACGUCGUUUUCUAACUCGUCAUCUACCAUAGAUCUCCAGCGCAGCAAUACUCCAACGACUGCAGCAAAUCUGGGCAGCCAAAGCGACGCCGACUUGCUGAGUCACCAGCAUGCUCAUCGCCAGCAACAUGGCUCCCAAGUACAAUACGAAAGUUCCAAUGCGACACCGACUUGGGCAACGAGUUUGAGCCACAGCAAUGCGGCAUCGCAGCAACGACGGCAGAGCGAACCGAGAAUAAGUGCCUACCCCAACAAGGAGUCGCUUUUUUCACUCGGCUCCGGCAGGCGACAAUCAGCAAUCACAUACUCGGAUCUGGGACUGCGGCGAGGUAGCCUCCCGCUCGAAAGCUGCGCUGCCGCCGCGAGCCGAUACGUGGACCUUUUAGAUGCACAGGGGCAGCUGGGGUCAUCCGAUUUCAAGGCGAGGCUGCAGGCGUCUGGCUCGCGUGAUUACGGCGAGGACGUUGCCGAGCGAAACAUUGGACAAAACGGUCUGCUCUUGGGAAGCCCGGCCGUGCAGCAAUUCUAUGCCGCGCAGUCGUCGCAGACCUCACCGAGGCGCCCAACGACGUCUAGGUACCGUAGGUACGCCCAGAAGCAAGUCAUUCUGGAGCAACCCGAGAUGGAGGCCGCCUUCCGACCCAGCUCGCGCGCUUCCAGCGUGUAUACCGCUCGAUCGCUGCCCAUUGCACGCACGCGGGUAACGCCCAUCUAUGACAGCCCCAUCUACACCGAGCCGCGGCGCGCGAGCCUCGCCUCACACUACACCGCCUCGUCAAUGGGGCUUCCCAAGCUGCAAGAGGGAAGUAUACGGGAAGAGAUGGAUUCGGGGGAGAGCGACGAUGCUGCGCCGUCAAUCCCGCGCUUUCGUCGGAGCGAGUCAGCAGCUGACUCGAAUGCUGCGCAGCAGCACCGCCCGGCAUCGGCUCUGGGCUGGGUCAGCCGGGCCCGACAAUCAGUUGAAAUGUUGAGCGCAUAUGACAUGGGCGAGCCCAUAUGGAAGGAGUCGGUGGAUCACAUGUUUCAAGACGACGGAGCCAGCCGGCGACCUGCUACACGUAAUCAAAAAAGCGGCCCUGCGACUCAGCAGCAGAAUUUGUCCGUCGAAAACAUGAUUCGCUGGCGACGGACGUUUGGUGAAGUAGACGACGAGGUGGACCCGAAAUCUGUCGCCGCGACAGAGCGGGCGACUGAGAGCCGCACAUCGCAAAGGCAGUGGUCGAUUGCGUCGACGGAGCCCACAGAACGCUCGGAUGCGUCGAGCGUGUAUUGCCCUCGACCGGCGAGCCGCGCCACAGCCAACACGUCUGUGGACCUCCGCUCUCUGAUGGAGCUUGACGACAGCGGCUGCGGCUGCAAGGCGGCGAGCCACGACGCAGUCGUCGUCGUUGACGAUGACGUCGACGCCUGCUCCAUGACCACGGACGGGUCCAACAUUGACGCGUUUAUCGAGAAGCGCAAGCAGCGCACCACGCCAGAGGACCAGGCGCUGCUCUUUAAAGAGGGGGGCUUCUUCAACACUGGCGGCGCCCUCCCCGGUCUCUUUGACCCAUCUUCUUCGUCCUCGUCCGACGGUGUGACUCCCCUCGCCGAGACGCCCGCUGCUGGGCAGCAGGUCAUGGCCGUCGCCGCGUCGUCAGACAGCAAGCGCGACAGUAGCCUGACCCUGCGUGCGGACGCGCCAACGACGACACACAACACUGCCAGGUCCGUGUCGUCGCCAAUCGUCUGCGGCGGCUCCGAGACGACCGAGUCUGCGCCCGAGGACUGCCGCUGCUCGUCGGUAACGACGCCCGAGCCGGUUGGCGGGCUGACUGUCCCGCAGAUUUACCUGAAUCAGCGGCAGCGGCUGCUGGCGCUGGGGUUCGACUACGACACGGACGAGGAAGGUGACGAGCUCGGCGACCUAGGCGGCGGCGGUGGCAACGACGACGACGACGAUGCCAAGUCGCUCAAGCAGCGCCAUGGACCUGCGCUGAACAUGCCGCGGCUUAGCAUCAUUGUCGAGGCGCCGCCCAAGGACGUGUUUGACAGCUAUAGCAGCUACAGCAGCAGCAGCAGCAGUGGAGAUGACUCUACGGCGGCGACGCUCCGUCGUCGCAAGGAGGCCAAGCGUCUGUCGCGCUGCGGCGGCGCUCGCGUCAUGCGCGUGCACAGGUCGUUGCGGGAUGAGUUUGACGGCAACGUGGCCGACGUGGAGUAA